AAGAUGUAGUAAACGCCCAUAUGUCGUCAUUACGCACAGGGUGGCUACGUGGAAAACAUGGAGGAAAGGAGUAUGUAGAGUAAACUUAACUGUCUGAAUUACAAAACAAUUUCAGACCCUUUCCUUUGUCAUUCGUACUUAAUAAAUCAACUGGACUAAACUUCAGGUCACUUUAAAAAACAGUAGUCGCCCCUGAACGGUCCUGGGAAUCGGCAGAGCCGCGGAGAGCUGAGAGAAGCGUUUAUGACAGGUUUUGGCAUAUGCCUGGUGAAAAAGCAGUGAAGAGCAGCGAGUCUGGCUGAGCACAGCCAGCAAAGAUGGGAGCCAACACCAGUCAGGUCAGUGACCUGUCCGAUAAUCCCAGCCUCAAGGCCCUGGUGGGCACAGAGUCCAUAUCGGAGAAUGACCCUUUCUGGAACCAGCUCAUCUCCUUCACCUUCAUCAGUCCCACCAGCAGUGGAGACUCUAAGUUACUGGAAGAAGCUGUCAUACCCCUGGCCAAGAUCCUCAUUGAAAACAAUCCGAGAACCGGGAACUUUGGCGCUCUGGUGAGAAUUUUCCUGGGAAGAACCAAAGAGCUGAAAAUCUCUACAGAAUGCCAAGACCAGCUUUUUAUCUGGCAGGCCCACAAUGCACUGUUCAUGAUUCGCUGCCUGCUCAAGGUCUUCAUCAGGGAGAUGAGUGAAGCUGAGCUGCACCAGCAGUUCUCUUACCAGGAGAGGGCACCAGGAUCCUGCGGAGAAACAGGAAGUGAAGACCUUCUUGAGGAGCUGCUGUCCAACCUUGUUCACCUGAUCGUUGAAGUGCCGCUGCUUGACAUCACCUAUAGCAUCCUGUUUGAGGCAGUGACCGUGCUGCUGGUAUUCUUCUCCUAUCAGCUCUUCCACAAAGACAUCCUCAGAGAUGGAAUUAUAUACCAGCACAUCAUGAAGGGACGAUGCAUGUGUUUAACCAGUCGACUGGUGAAGACCCUGCUCUACAACUUCAUAAGGCAAGAGAAGUGUCCUCCUCCUUCAACCCACAUUUUCGAACCAAAAGCUGAGGGCGGCUUGCUUUAUGGCCUGGCGUCAGGGGUGGCAAGCGGUCUGUGGAGUGUCUUCACAUUGGGUGGAGCUGGCAGCAGAGCUGGGAUAGACCAGGAACAUGACCCUUUACCUUUGUCCAAUCAGAGUCUUCUGUUACUGCUGGUAUUAGCCAAUCUGACAGAUGGGCCUGAAUGGCCCAACCCCUACCGCCAGGCUAUUACUUGUUUCAGAAACACACAAGACACAUCAUCGCUGCCUGUAGAGCAACCUCACACUUUCCAGAUCAAUUUCAACAGUCUGUACACUGCUCUGUGUGAGCAGCAGCGCUCCGACCAGGCCACGUUACUGCUGUACACCCUGCUUCACCAGAAUACCAACAUGAGGACGUACGUGCUGUCGAGAACUGACAUGGACAAUCUGGUGUUGCCCAUACUCGAGAUCCUUUACCACGUAGAGGAAAGAAAUUCUCAUCACGUCUACAUGGCCCUUAUCAUUCUCCUCAUCCUGACAGAGGACGAUGCUUUCAACCGCUCCAUCCAUGAGGUGAUAUUAAAGAACGUCACAUGGUACACAGAGAGAUCGCUAACAGAGAUUUCUCUCGGCAGUUUGCUCAUCCUGGUGGUGAUUCGCACCAUCCAGUUCAACAUGACCCGGACAAGGGAUAAAUACCUGCACACCAACUGUCUCGCUGCACUCGCCAACAUGUCAGCACAGUUUCGAUGUCUCCACCAGUACGCUGCCCAGCGGAUCAUAAGUUUGUUUGCUUUGCUUUCCAAAAAGCACAACAAGGUUUUGGAGCAGGCAACACAGUCUCUGAGAGGCAGACAAGGAGAGAGCGCAGCGUUGCCAGACUAUGCCCAGGACCUGAGUGUGAUUGAGGAAGUCAUCCGCAUGAUGCUGGAAAUCAUCAACUCUUGCCUGUGCAACUCUCUACACCACAACCCUAACCUGGUGUACGCACUGCUCUACAAGAGGGAGCUCUUUGAGCAGUUCAGGACGCACCCGUCCUUCCAGGACAUCAUGCAGAACCUCGACACGGUUAUUGGUUUCUUCAGUCAGCGUCUGGAGCAGGCUGGAAGUGACCUGUCUGUUGAGAGAGUUCAGGAGGUCAUCAUGAAAGGAGCCCAGGCACUGCCAAAAGACAGACUGAAGAAAUUCCCAGAGCUCAAGUUCAAGUAUGUGGAGGAGGACCAGCCAGAGGACUUCUUCAUCCCCUACGUGUGGUCGCUGGUCUUCAACUCUGGAGUCGGCCUCCACUGGAGCCCACACGGGAUCGAGCUGUUCAGCAUGGACUCCGGCUGAAGGACACGUUGCAGCAGAUUGCACGUCUCCAUCUCCGUUCAGUACAGAAAAAGGAACUGACGGCACGUGGGUGUGUGUGUGUGUGUGUGUGUGUGUGUGUGUGUGUGUUCUGGGUAGGUGUGUAUGCAUUACCCUUUAUAGUAUGUUCACGCUGCUUUGAAAGUGCCUCAACCUUGUAGAGGAUGGUGUUUCUUUUUCAUGCAGCACAACCUCGUUCUCCCUCGUAUCUUCAUAAUCUCUCUGCUUCUACACUGUGAAGCUUCACCUGCACUUGGGUUACAGUUCCUGCGGUAGCUCCCGCUCAUGCUCAUGCUCACUCAGUCCUGCGCUGAACACCUGUUGGAGCGUCUGAGCUGCUUCAUUUGGUUCAGCACAUGCUGACUUGUGAUAUCACGAGGAGCUCCGGACGCUGGCAUUGGCUAAUUCAAUAGGUCACUUAAAACAUGCAGACACAUGUUACACUGCUCUGAUGAACAUCCAUUUACUUCUGCACUGAAUACUAAAAACCUGCUGUGACUCAACACCUGCCACUCAUCUUCAAAUGUCCUAUUAUUGUUGAUUUUACACGCGAUUAUCUCAUAAACUGUUUUUCUUUUCUUUUGGCGUACAUUGUUCUCAGUGUACAACAGCUUUUGACACAUUUGCGCUUUUGAAUUGAAGAAAUGAAGAGAGAGAAAACUCUGUUGUCAUCAUCAGUAUGCAGGAGUUACAGUGUUGCCGGCUGUUUAAUAUCCCUCCCCACCCCCCACGUUCAAGUACAGCUUAAUUAAAUUUCAGUCCCCGGAUGAUAUAAGCACUCUGCAUCACUCUUUAAUUCGUCUGAUUUCGUUGUUGCUUGCAGCUCAUUUAUUCCAUACCCUGUUUUUGUCAUUAGCAUUUUUUUCCUGAUGCUAACCCAAGGCAAAUACUUAAACCGGGGACGGCCAUUAAACCUCCUGUCCUGUUGUGCAUAAUUACCGUUGUCUCUUUAACCGGUUACGUUAUUUCAUGUUUAAGUAGGGACUUAUUGUUAUUUAUUUUCAUGUAUAUUGUUUUUAUAUAUAUUCACCAUCCCAAAAUGUAAAGUGCAGUAGUGCUGAAAUGACUACUAUUACCGAAAGAGAAAAGCAAUGGUACUAUACUUUGAUUAUUCCCAGACGGGAAAACUGGCUUUAUAUAUAAAUGCAUAUAAUAUGAUGACAGCUGUCCUUUUUGUGGCAAUGUUUACCUUGAAAAUAGAAGUUUAAAUAAAAAUAUGAAAUCA